GCUCGCCGAAUGAAAAACCGCUUUGCCUGCAUCGUCGAAUUUUCUUGAGAUUUGCCCUCAAAUAAGUUGCAAGUUUUAGUGUUAUUGAUAAAAGUUGCUAACUGCAACAAUGCCUGAACGUGAUAAGGAUGAGCCUUUCUCCAAUCCAUUACCUCCGUCUGAGGCCAGACGGAUGUCCGCAGAAGAGGCUGAUGCAUCAUUGACACACAUGACGAAUGCUGACUUCAGGAAGUUAUUGAUGACACCGAGGGCCACACCUGGAGAAGCUCCACCGUCUAAGAUCAAACAGAAUAGAGAACUGCCACGAGACUACAAUGAAGCAGAUGAUCCCAAAGCCUUACGUCGUAAGAAGAAGAGCUUUUAUGCAAAGCUCAAGAAACAAGAGAUGGAGAGAGAGGCAGAAUUGGCAAAAAAAUAUAGAAAUCGGGCUCAGGAGCGUCGUGAGGGUAAGAAUGAAUAUGAAGAAACCGAGGUUGUCAGUACUACAGCCAACUAUCGUGCAGUGGCCCCGGAUUCACAAGCUGGUGACACGGCAUCUAACCGACGUAAACAGUUGAUUGAAGAAAGUAAAUACCUUGGUGGUGAUAUGGAACAUACUCAUUUAGUGAAAGGCUUGGACUAUGCAUUGCUUCAUAAGGUCCGAGCAGAAAUUACAACCAAGGAGAAAGAGAAGGAAGAUAUGAUGGAAACAACGUUCCAAAGCUCCAGUAAAACGCCCAAGAAAACCUAUGUGGAACCUGAGGAAAGCUUGCAGUUCAAAACAAAACUUGCUCGUAACAUCUAUAGAAGUUUAUUCAAGACUAAAAUGUCUGAGCGUAAUGAGUUAUUUUUACCUGGUCGGAUGGCUUACAAGGUGGAUCUAGAAGAUGACUUUCUAGAAAGUGAUAUCCCAACAACAGUCAUUAGAAGUAAAGCUGACUGUCCCACCAUGGAGUCUCAAACAACACUGACUACUAAUGACAUCGUAAUCAACAAACUUACUCAGAUUCUGUCUUACUUGAGACAAGGACAACGAGGCAAGAAAAUGAAGAAGAAGGACAAAGCAAAGGGGAAAGAUGACAAGCUUGAGAAAGACAAAACACAAGGAACUGAUGACAGUAUUUUCGCUGAUGUUGGAGAAUACGUCCCAAGUUUCACCAAGACCAGACCUAGCACUAAGGAAACGAAGGAGAGAGACCGUGACAGGGAGCGUGACAAGGAGCGUGACAGAGAGCGUGACAGAGAUCGUGACAGGAACCGUGACAGGAACCAUGACAGGGAUCACGACAGAGAUCGUGACAGGGACCAUGACCGGGAUAGGGACAGGCAUCGAGAUAGAGAAAGAGAUGAUGAUAGAAAAUCCAGGAGUUAUUUUGAGCGACCCAAAGUGGAUGAUGAGCCUGUACCUCCACCAAUGAAGAGAGGAUCCAACCUGAAAGACUUUACUCAAAGCAUCAAUGACAAAUAUGGAAAGGUUCAGCCAAGGACAGAGGAGCGGUUUGCUGGGACUCUAACUGCCGUUGAUAUGGCAGCAUCACAAGCUAAGGAUAAAGAAAGAGGCAUAGCUCUAAAAGGUGAUGACAGAAAGCGAUCUAAAGGAUCUAAGCAAGACAUUGUGGAUGGUUAUGCAGAAUGCUACCCAGGGUUUGCAGAGACUGCUGAUGCUCUAGAUGAUUCUGACGAUGAAGUGGAUUAUACUAAAAUGGAUCUGGGUAACAAGAAAGGUCCAGUUGGCAGAUGGGAUUUUGACACACAGGAGGAGUAUAGUACGUAUAUGAACAACAAGGAAGCAUUGCCAAAAGCGGCCUUCCAGUUUGGCAUAAAGAUGUCAGAAGGACGAAAGACAAGAAGAACAUUUGGUGAAAAGAAUGAGAAAGCAGAGUUGGAUAGAGAGUGGCAGCAGAUUAGCCAGAUUAUUUCUAAGAGAAAGACUGGUGCAGAAGGAGGUGGAUCAAAGCGCCCCAAGUACUAAAGAUUCUCACCAAUCAUGGAAAGAAUUCUUGUAUCUACUGGACAUCAGGUGGUUGUGUACAAAUCCAGAAAGAAUUUGAUUGUAAGAGACAUUUUAAUAACAACUUGAUCUGAUUGCCACAUUUGGAGGAGCUUUUGUUCACGAGUCAGUUUUACAUGUAGUUAUUUAUGUUACGUAAGGAUUUCAUAGAUGUGUUGAAUUUGUUCAAUCAGUCUGUUAUGUUUCUACAUAACAUUGGCAACCUUUUAUCAACACAAAAGCUCCAAGAAUAGCAAGUUCUUUUGAUCAAUUACUCUGUUGACUGUAUAAAGUCAUGAUCAGGCUCGCAUCAGGCCAAAUUUCAUACAGAUGCUUAAACAUAAAAAGUACCUCGGCACAGUCAAAGCACAAUGUCACCUGUACAACUUGUGACUGGUAUCCUGCUCAUUUUUGCUUAGCAGACAAUUGUUAAAGGAACAUGUU